AACGAAACCUAAAAUGGGCGGAGUUUCAGUAGGCUCUCCUCAGACAUAUUUUAGGUGUUUGUGCUGUAUUUUUAUACUUUCUUUUUUGCUGUACAAACUCACUUACCAAAUUGUUUGGAGCUUUUAAGUCGAAUAAAGUUGGUUUCAGGGUCGUGUCAUAUAAUGCAGCUUUCUUGCUUUGGUUGGAUAUCUUGUUUGGCAUUGCUAGGUCUUUGGACAAGUAAUGCACAAGAAUGUGGUCAGUCGCCUCUACAGAGCAGAAUAGUUGGAGGAUAUGACGCAACUGAAGGUGAAUGGCCAUGGCAGGUUGAUAUACAGACCAUUGUAGGACAUGUAUGUGGAGGAACAAUCAUCGCUGAGAACUGGGUUCUGUCUGCAGCUCACUGUUUUCCAAAUCCUUCCGACACAUCCCAGUAUAUAAUCUAUGUAGGUCGUCUGCAGCUGAACGGCUGGAACCCAUAUGAGACGUCGCAUAAGAUUAAGCGUGUGGUGGUGCCAUAUGGCUACACGGACCCACAGCUGGGCCAGGACAUAGCUUUAGUGGAGUUAAAGAGCCCAGUCACAUGGUCUGAUCACGUCCAGCCUGUGUGCCUGCCAAAUGCAGAUGUUUCAUUUCCUGGAGGAAUGUUGUGCACCAUCACAGGCUGGGGAGACAUAAGAGAUGGAAUCUCUUUGCAGGGGGUGGGAACUUUGCAGCAGGUGCAGGUGCCAAUUAUUGAUCAAGCCGCCUGCCAAGAGAUGUUCCACAUCCAAGCGUCAGAGCAGGUUAACAUUCGCUAUGACAUGCUCUGUGCUGGCUUUCAAGAAGGGGGCAAAGAUUCCUGCCAGGGGGAUUCUGGGGGACCGCUGUUGUGCCAAACCUCUAGUGGCACCUGGCUACAGGCUGGCAUUGUGAGCUUUGGCCUAGGCUGUGCCCAGCCUAACCGGCCAGGUGUUUAUGCUAGAGUGUCAGCCUUUUCCAACUUUAUUACGAGCCACGUUCAGGGACUACAACUGCGUGGUGCAGCAGAUCACAACUGGACCAGCUGGCUCAUCAUACUCACCAGGACAGUAAUCGCACUAACUAUGGCACAGCUACUAAGAUAAUGUCAACUUAUCUAAUGCCAAGGGAAGGAUAAACUCAUAAACCUCAAAUGAUGUCAUAAAGAGGCAAUGCAGACUGUGAUUUGUAUUUGACAUACAGUAUAUAAUGUUCUACUUGCCUUUGCAUUCAGUGGCUACUCAGUGAAAUGUGCACUACUACUCGGAUUAUAGACAGUUAAGUUUAAUCAAAAGUGAAAUGCAGUUUGCAUGUUUAAACUCUAAGCAGACUAUUUUAUGAAAUGUCUAUCAACUGCAAGAUUUGACAAGUUGAGGAAAAUAGCCUUAAAUAGGUUAAUUGUGGGAUAGAUUAUUUUUUUUUAAUCUUGCCUUUUUAACUUUGUAACUGUGUAGUAUGUGUAUGCAUAUAUAGUAUGUAUGUUGUGGAUAUAUCUGCAUAUUCAUGUUAAUCACUUGCAUUAUUCAUUAUUUAUUUUUGUGCUGAAACCAACUCCAAUGUUAUUUGUCAUGCUGGUGCAAAAUCAUUCAUAUGAACACUAAUAUAUAACCAUAUUCAGAAAAUGCCCACUCAAACCUGCUUAGUAACAUCUACCUGAGCUGCUCUUAACACUACGUCAGCCAGCACUCUGAAGCGUGUCGUGGUGUUUACAUUUACCAUGAACAUCGUUCCAAGGCAAUGGUUGAUCUUUUUCAGUCUAUGUCCUUCUACACUGAGUGCUCAGUGUGCCAUUGGUGUUGCACCUAGUACAAGUACAGAACUUUUGUAGUGCUUCUACACUUGGCUGCAGUUAGUCUUAGCCGUCAAUAGGCAAGUCUCAAGUUUCUGUCUCAAAGGAUCAGACUUUCAGUUUUAAUAAAGAUUGUGGUACAUUAGAAAAUUGAGAUCAACCAAUUGCCUGUGACCCAGUUUAUCUUUCAGCAUAUUAAAAUGAUAUUCAAGUAAAA